AUGGCAUCCUCCACCCUGUCCAUCUGCUCCAACGACCUGAGCUAUGACUGUCCAGAGAGCUGCUGCGAGCCCCCAUGCUGUGGCCCCAGCUACUGCACCCUGGCCCCCCGCCUGACCCUCCUCUGCACCCCAGUGAGCUGUGAGUCCAGCCUCUGCUGCCAGCCAGCCUGCAGCAGCUCCUGCCCAGCCUCGUGCUGCCAGCAGUCUAGCUGCCAGCCUUCCUGCUGCACCUCCUCCCCCUGCCAGCAGGCCUGCUAUGAGCCCGUCUGCUGCAGGCCCGUCUGCUGCACUCCUGUCUGCUGCAGGCCUGUCUGCUGCACGCCUGUCUGCUGCACGCCUGUUUGCUGCAGGCCCGUGUGCUGUGAGGCCUCCCCCUGCUCAGCCCCCUCGUCCUGCUGCAGACCCUCCUCCUCUGUGUCCCUCCUCUGCCGCCCCGUGUGCCGCCCCGCCUGCUGUUUGCCCGACUCCUCCUGCCAACCCAGUUGCUGCCGCCCAGCCUCCUCUGUGUCCCUGCUCUGCAGGCCCGUAUGCUCCCGCCCUGCUUGCUGCAUCCCAACCUCGGCCCCGGAGCCCUGCUGCUGA